AUGAAAUCCAUUAUCGCUGUGCUAGCUUCACCUUUGAUUGAAAUGACGACUAAAGUCACUGAAGCAAUGAAACAAAAGUUUUUGGUAGAAUACAUUAAAUCAGGAACUAUUCCAGAAGGUUUUUACAUUCAUACUAUGAAAGAUGGUAGAGUUCAGUUUAGAAAGAUAAAGCAACCAUUAGAUAGAGAAGGAAUUUUGAGAAAGAUUAAACUUCAUGAGGACAACAUUGCUGAACUUAAGAAGAAGCUAGAAGAGUUGGAGAAAGGAAGAGAGUUAUAA